AUGACCAAGGAAAAUUCCACAGCAGUCACAGAAUUCUUCCUUUUAGGACUGACAGACCGUCCAGAAUUGAAAGUCCUCCUCUUUAUACUUUUCCUGGUAAUAUACACCAUAUCUUUGGUGGGGAAUCUUGGCAUGAUUUUAUUAAUUCAAAUCACCCCAAAACUUCACACUCCCAUGUAUUUUUUCCUUAGUUGGCUGUCAUUUGUUGAUGCGUGCUAUUGUUCUGCUUCUGCACCAAAAAUGCUUGUGAAUUUCUUUGAGGAGAAAGCAACUAUAUCUUUCACUGCUUGUAUGAUACAAUAUUUUUUACUUGCAUCUCUUGUUACCAUUGAGGCAUUUUUCCUGGCAGUGAUGGCAUAUGACCGGUAUGUGGCCAUUGCUAAUCCAUUGCUUUACACAGUAGUCAUGACCAAAAAAUUUUGUGUCAUCCUGAUCAUUGGGUCAUGUAUAAUAGGAAUAAUUAAUUCACUAACACACACAAUUGGCUUAGUUAGAUUAUCCUUCUGUGGGCCAAAUAUCAUCAGCCAUUUCUUUUGUGAUCUGCCCCCACUGCUGAAGCUCUCCUGCUCUGACACUUACAGAAAUGAGUUAUUUCUCCUAAUUUCUUCAGGAGUGAUUGCUAUAGUUACACUCUCAACCAUGAUCAUCUCCUAUGUCUUCAUUGUAGUUGCUAUUUUCAGGAUGCACUCAACAGCUGCAACACAUAAAGCCUUCUCUACUUGUGCUUCCCACUUGUCAGUUGUCACCUUAUUCUAUGGUUCCAUUAGCCUUAACUAUCUCCAGCCAAGCUCCCAGUAUUCACUGGAACAAGAGAAAGUGGUUUCUGUAUUUUAUACCAUUGUAACCCCAAUGUUAAACCCAUUGAUCUAUAGCCUAAGGAACAAAGAGGUCAAAGAUGCUGUAAAAAGAGCAAUAGAAUUGAAACCAUCUUUCUGUUAA